UGGUAUAUUGACCAUAUACCACAAACCCCCGAGGUGCCUUCUUAUUGCUAUUUUAAACUGGUUACCAACGUAAUUCGAGCAGUGCAAAUAAAUGUUGUGGUAUACUGUCUGAUAUACCAUCGACUGUCAGCCAAUCAGCAUUCAGGGCUCGAACCACCCAGUUUAUAAAUGACCAUUAAUAUAUUACCAUAAGUAUGUAUAUAUUCCUGCUACCAGUCACGUUUCAGCCUGGUUUACAUGUGUAUUCCACUACCAGUCACUUUUUAUUUAUAAAUCCACCUCAACCGCUCCAGUACCCCUUAACAUUUAGUAAGGUACUGGCAGUAACCUGUAUGUACUUGCAUUCUCGUGUUUCUAACUCACAUUGUAGUUUUUGUGUGGUUGACAUUUUUUAUAUUGUUGGGAAAGAGCUAUCAAGGUACAGUUUUACACCUGCUGUGUCCUGUGCACGUGGCGAAUAAACUUUGAAACUUGAAAAUAAUAAUUCCAUUUACCCCAAAUGUAUAAUUAAUUUGAGAACCGGAAUACAAGACUAGCUCCUUCCACUGAGGGACGAUAGUGAGUCGUUUUCGACGCAUAUCCUGCGAUAAGACACCACUGAGAAAGAAGAGUCAAAACCAUUUUUUUUUUUACAAGUCUGGUGUAAACAGAAGGAUAUGGCCGACGAGAGGGGUGCAGGCGACAACAAUAUCAACGACAACAUGGGCAACCAACUACAACUCUUACCCGAAAAUGAAGAGGAAGAGGAGAAUGAGAUGGAGACUGAGGACCGUGACAGUGAGGAUGCAGAAAAACCAAACAUAAACUUUGACCCCAGUCUUCCAACUUCACAUGCUUACCUUGGCUCAGACAUGGAGGAGUUUCAUGGGCGCACAGUGCACGAUGACGACAGCUGCCAGACCAUCCCAGUGCUGCCGUUCACAGCUGUCAUGCUGAUCCCAGGACAGACCCUGCCGCUGCAGCUCUUCAGACCGCAGGAGGUCAGCAUGAUGCGAAGCAUUAUCCAGAGAGACCGCACCUUUGCUGUUCUUGCACACAGUGAAACAGGCGAGGUGCAGGCAGAGUUUGGGACGACGGCUGAGAUCUAUGCUUACCGGGAGGAGCAGGAGUACGGCAUUGAGACAGUCAAAGUGAAGGCAGUCGGGCGGCAGCGGUUCAAGGUCCAUGAGAUCAGAACCCAAGCAGAUGGAAUCAGACAGGCCAAGGUGCAGAUCCUCCCCGAGCGGAUCCUUCCAGACCCCCUGACUGCAGUGCAGCUCACGCCCCUGUCCCGCCUCCACAUGCACCCCUCCUCCAGACCCCCUGCCCAGAGCUGCAAACAGGCCCAGCGCUGGUGGGCCACCUACCGCCAGAGGAAGUUCCACUGUGCCAACAUGACCUCGUGGCCUCCCUGGGUCUACGCCCUCUAUGACUCUGAGACUCUGAUGAAGAGAGUGAAGAGACAGCUCCAUGAGUGGGACGAGAACCUCAAGGAUGAUUCCCUCCCCACAAACGCUAUAGAUUUCUCCUAUAGAGUGGCAGCCUGUCUGCCCAUAGAUGAUGCCCUUCGGCUCCAGCUGUUGAAGAUUGGCAGUGCCAUCCAGAGGCUGCGCUGUGAGCUGGACAUCAUGGCCCGGUGCACCUCGCUGUGUUGCAAGCAGUGCCAAGAUACAGAGAUCACCACCAAGAACGAGAUCUUCAGCCUGUCUCUGUACGGCCCCAUGGCAGCCUACGUCAACCCCCACGGCUACGUCCAUGAGACCCUGACCGUCUACAAAGCCAGCAACCUCAACCUGGUCGGUAGGCCGUCCACGCUCCACAGCUGGUUUCCAGGGUAUGCCUGGACGAUUGCUCAGUGUCGUACCUGUGCUUCACACAUGGGUUGGAAGUUCACAGCCACCAAGAAAGACUUGUCCCCUCCUCGUUUCUGGGGCUUGACCCGCUCGGCCAUGCUGCCCCGCAUCCCCCAGACUGAGGGUGAGGAGGGGGAUGAGGGCUCCCGCCUGCUCUGCCUGUGACAACAUGGGGAACUCCCCUCCCCACCCCCCAUGUCCCCAAUGGCUCUUCGAUCGCCCCACCCUGUCCACUGGGCAAGGGUCUCUAUUUUAGUAAUCCAUGUCCCGCCCAACCCCUGACAGCCAUUGCAGCACAUUCAUCAUAUUAGUAUAAAGGUCAUCCUGCUUUAAAAUGGCAUUUUCUAACAUAGAGGGGGGGGCAAGGAGGAGGUGGGAGGGGUGUUUUGUUCCUGACUGCAGAGACACUGCUGAUGGAAUGCGUUGCACAUCGACAGAUAGAUGUGGGGAAUGGAGCAAGAGAUUAGUUCUGCAACACAGCAUAUCUUCCCCAUAGCAUGCUACUCUUGACCUGUCUGUAUGGCUGUCUACUGUGGUCUGUCUAUCCAGCUUCUAUGCUAUUUGCCACAGACACGGCACGCACCAGUGCAUUGCCACUUGCUCUUAAACAUAGUGGGUGUGACUUUGCAUGCGGUAUCCAGCUAGGUGUAUAUAGGCUUAUAGACAGCCAUCAAGAGGACCUUCAGUACCCAUCAUCUAUCUCUAAACAAACCAAUCAAUAGAAAGCCACUUGUGAUUCAGGUCCACUGUUUGUCCUUGAUGUGUUUCUCAGAGAAGCUCAGUUCAGCUGGAUCGGUCAUAGAGAGUUAAACCAUGUCAAAUCCACGGUUUAGACGGUGUACGUACAUAUGAAAGUAUACUGCUUUUACAAGGAUGUAUCAUGCCUUUGUUUCAUAUGCCCGUUGAAUGCAUAUGAUGGAGGAAUUCGGAACAUGAACAAUGUAAGGAAGCUAUUGCUUUAUUUUGAAAUGCGUGGAAAUAUAUUAUUUGAUUGGUUUUCAUAUUUUCACGUUGUCUAAAAUGUACACUAUAUGUAAUACACAUGUAGAGAUAGAGGUUUCUAUUUUGAAACAGGUGGAGGCCCAUUGAACUGCAAGACACUGUUCCUCUGAAGACAAGGAGUACCUCUGGUUAGUGAAGACUAGAGUUGGUUUGAUGCCUGGUGUAAUAUAGACUUGGAUAGCAGGGGACAAGGCAGUGGAGCCAGAGAUACUAGAAUUUCAGUCUUUCGCCAUGGUUCUAUAUGUGAUGUUGCUGCACUAAGGGCAUGGCUGGAUGGUGUGCCUAUGGUCCAAAUCAAUGUCUAAUGAGCCACACAAUUAAAUGGGACAUUGUGUUAAUUAACCUGUAUUGGUUGAAAAUGGCAACAUUAUAUCAAAUGUUACUUACAUAACUAUAUUUUUGUUUAGAUCAAUGUAUUUGUUUUAAAUUAAGAAUUGUAUUCCUUGCUGAUGUACAAGGUUAUUUUGGCUCAUGUUUGUAAGUAACCAAUAAGAAUCAAUGUAGCAAUUCUGGUCUGAUAUAGCUGAUUUAUCUAUGUAGAACCUCAACACUCUUGCCCCUCCCAUUGCCGUGUAUUUCCAUUUUAGAACAUGUAAUAUAUGAUUGAUUUGUUCAGAUCGAUUAUCAACAUUUGAGUAAAGUAAUUCCACGCAAUAAGAAAUGUUCUACAAUACGAUUGAGAUUGUCUUUUUUGUUUUUUUCCCUUUGAGUUUUGUUAAGAUUUUUUUUUUAAAGUGUUUGUAUGUGAUGUCCCAGUUGGUAAACCUUAAAGGUCCAAUGCAGCCAUUUUUAUAUCAAAACAUUAUGACCAGGAAUGUGACUUUCCCAAAGCGCACCCUUUGUUGGCACCUCCCAGGGCAUUAGAACUGAUUCUAGAGGCUGACCCAAAACAAUGCUGCCGGAGGAGAGGGUGCCGGAGCGGUCUUCUAGUGAGGCUUCAGAUGCGCGCACACCACCCACCACUUCCGAGUAUAUUACUCGCUAAUGUUCAGUCCCUAGUUAACGAAGUCAACAAAAUCAGGUCGAGUUUCUUUCCAAAGAGAUAUCCCGGAUUGUAACAGUCUGUUUCACGGAAACAUGGCUAACUUGGGACAUGCUGUCGGAGUCAGUACAGCCAACGGGAUUUUCAGUGCAUCGUGCCAAUAGGAAUAAACAUCUCUCUGGUAAAAAGAA